UGAUAAUUUUCCUGUUGGGCGGAGCCUGCAGAAGCUUGUGGAUGGAUGAUAGCAGGGUGGCAGGCAAUCCCUCACGAGGCAAAGCGAGAGAACAUGCAGUGUCGACAGGACGUGGUGCAAUGGUGCAGCUGGGGCUUCAUGCUGCUUGGCCUGGGAUUCUUGGUCAGGCAGAAGAAGACGGAGACGCCGUACGGCCGCUACGUGGACCCUUCUGAGGGGCGCAGGAUGGUCCCGGCCAGGGUGGCCUGGUUUGCCCAGGAGCUGCCGUCCUUCCUGGUGCCCGUGCUUCUGCUCGCCACAGCGGAGGAGAGCUCCUCCAUGGGAAGAGCCCUGCUUCUCUGCACCUUCUGCUUGCAUUACUUCCAGAGAACUUUCAUCUACGCCCUGCUGAUCCACGGCCGGCCCUGCCCUCUCUGCAUCAUGAUCUCAGCCAUCGUCUUCUGCUCCUGCAACGGCUUCUUCCAAGGCUACUAUCUGCUCCGCUGCGCCGAGUACGAGCACAGCUGGCUGAGAGAUGCUCGCCUGUGGAUUGGAUUGAUUGUGUUCUACGCGGGAAUGGCCAUCAACAUCCACAGCGACCAAAUUCUGCGGAAGCUCAGGAAGCCGGGAGAAACGGACUACAGGAUUCCAAGAGGAGGACUGUUCGAGUACAUCUCGGGCGCCAACUUCUUUGGGGAGAUCGUCGAGUGGUUUGGCUAUGCCAUAGCAACCUGGUCCAUGCCCGCAUUCUCCUUUGCCCUUUUUACCAUGUGUUCCAUUGGACCGCGAGCCUACCACCACCACAGAUUCUACCAGAAGAACUUCAAAGGCUAUCCCAAAUCCAGGAAAGCUGUGGUGCCCUUCAUCUUCUGAGCAAUGAAGUCCCUGGACAAGAAGAUUGGAACAGGAAUUUGGAGCAGCGCUUGAGAUGAUCUGAGCACUGGAGGACUGGGCAAAGGUGUCGUAUCAUCGGUGGGAGCAUCUUUGCAGCGUAAGUGCUCAGAUACCUACAGUACAAGACCUGAUCGCUCACCACACCCCAACCAGACUGCUAUGCUCCUCCACGUCUG